AUGAGUGGUGGAAAUGGUCCCAAGCUGGAGUUGAAAUUGAACCUAUCGCCACCGAGGGUUAACCCCCCAGAGGAAUCGUUGACGACGACGGAGAAUUCUUCUCCUGCAAGUUCAUGUGUGCUGUCAGAGACUAACCAGAUGCAUGAAGUUGAAACUACCACCGAUACUGUGGCGGAUGUGGCGGCGGCGACACCCAUGAUGCUAGUUGGGUGCCCAAGGUGCCUCAUGUACGUGAUGCUGUCAGAGAAUGAUGACCCUAAAUGCCCUAAUUGCAAGAGCACUGUCUUGCUUGAUUUUCUCCACGCCAUUAAAACUAGAAAGAGUUAG